CACCCAGUGUGUCCGAUCGACGGUAGCGGUAUCCAAUCAGAAUUGUCAGAAGGCAGGGACAGUAAAAGGGAAGGCCCUACGCCAACAACGGCGGCCAGCUCCUAGUCCGAUUGGACAGACCUGGAAGAUCGGCGGACACGACAUCGAAUCGCGGAAGGUCAGUAUAAGUGCGUCUGAGGUGACGCCUUCGGCAUUGCCUCGCUCACACUACCCUCUCCGGUUGGCCCGAACGGGGGUGAUCGACGGGAGAAACGUCCAAUCGACGAGGUUCGCCUGACGUCAUAGAGGCAGGCGUCAAUUUCUUAUCUGCAUAGCUAACCACCCGCCCUAAAGGCUGAUCGACGGGCGGACCGUCCAAUCGACAAAGUGGCAGCGCCCGAUGUUUGCAUACCACCGACCCGAUUCGUCCAGAAGCGGAAAGCGACCCGCCCUCCCGGGUUGAUCGACGGCCGACGCCUCCAAUCGCAAGACAGUGGCUUACGUCAGUGGAACGAAUGACGCGAUAGCCCCGCCCGCUCAUUUGAAUCAAAACUGUCCCUUCCCCCUCCCCCACCCCUCGACGGCGGGAAGCAGCCUCCCCUCUCCUUUAUUAUUUUUUUUAAAGGGGAAGUUUGAGUCGGGGGAAUAAAAGUCGGAGGUAGAUAAAAAGAAACAAACGCCAUGGCGGAGGAAGAGGAGGAGGAAGAAUCGGCGCUUCGGGCCGAAGUGGAGAGGCUGAGCGCCGAGCUCGCCGAGACCAGCGAGCAGAAGGUGCAGGCAGCCCGCUACGGCCUGGCGGUGCUGGAGGAGCGGCGAGGCCUACAGCAACGCCUCACCGAGCUGGAGUCGGAGCACGAAGCCACCAUCCAGGAGCUGGAGCGGCUCAAGGAGGCCUUUGCCGACGUGUGCAACAACCAGAGGAAAGUGGCAGCCGAUGGCGAGAGUCGUGAGGAGACAUUGCUGCGGGAGGCGGCACGCAAGGAGGGUUCCCUAGUGGCCAGGAUUGCCGAGCUGCAGACCGAGAGCCGCCAGACCAAAGUGGCGCUCGCCAACACGGUGUCCGAGAACGAGCGGCUCACCAGCGAGCUGCAGGAGGCGAGGAAGAUCGGUGAGACACUGGAGGUGGAGAAGGCACAGCUGAGGGAUGAGAUUAAAGAGUUGAAAAUCCGAGAGAGCCAGCAGCUGCAGGACUGCGUGGAGCUGGAGGAGGAGAACAUCUCGCUACAGAAGCUGGUCUCCGUGCUACGGGAGAACCAGGUGGAGUUCGAGGGCCUGAAGCACGACCUGAGGCAGCGCGAGGAGGACAUCGAGAUCCUGCAGGGACAGCUGGAGGAGGCCACUCGGCUGCGGGCUAUCACGGAGCGGCAGCUGGAGGAGGCGCUGGAGGCCGUGCGCUCGGAGCGCGAGCAGAAGAACGCCCUGCGCCGGGAGCUCUCGGCCCACGCCAACGCGGUGCCCAGCUGUGGUCUGCACCCCCACCUCCAGGAGCUGGCCCUGAACGACGGAGCCUUGGGCCCCGAGGAGCUGGACAGUGGCGUCCAGCUGGCGGAGGGGUUGGGGCAGUCGCUGGCAAGUCGGGACCCCUCCCCUGUCCCCGGGAGCCCCCUGCCCUGCCGCCCCGCUCCCGGGCUAGUCUCCGACCUCUUCACCGAGCUCAGCCUCUCCGAGAUGCAGAAACUGCGGCAGCAGCUGGCACAGGCGGAAGAGGAGAAAGCCAACCUGGCGGCCAGCAUUGAGGAGCUGCGGCAGAGGCUGGAGGAGAGAUCCCAGGCCGAGGACCAGGAGGCCCGGUGCCGGGAGACGGUGGCCGAGAUCCGCCGCCUGAGGGGCGAGCUGUCUGAGCUGGAGUCGCGGUGCCUGGAGAGCGAGGGCCGGAGGGCCGAGGAGAGGGACAGGGCCCGGAGGCUCCAGCGGGAGCUGAGGGAUGCCUCGCGGGAGGCCUCGGAGUCGCGGUGCGGCCUGUCCCGGGCCCACGAGGAGCUGGCCGCCCUCAGCGAGGAGUUGGCCUUUCUCUACCACCGUGUCUGCCUCCACAACAACCUGACCCCCAGCCGGGUCACCCUGGAACACGCCCGGGGCCUCCGGCCUACCCGCCCGCCCUCCGGCUCCACCAGUGGAGGCGACGACUCCCCGACACCCCCGCCCUCUCCCGAGGGCCAGCGCGACGCCACGUGCCUCCUAGGCCUCAGCGCCGUCAUCCGCAGCCAGAUUCGGCACCUCCAGGCAGCGGUGGAGAUGGCGCGGCGACGGGCGUGCCUCCAGCUGGCGUCCCCCGGCGCCGAGAAGGACAAGGAAGCCCUGGUGGACGAGGUGCUGAAACUGAAGUCGCUGCUGAGCACCAAGAGGGAGCAGAUCGCCACGCUCCGCACCGUGCUGAAGGCCAACAAACAGACUGCCGAGGUAGCCCUCUCGAACCUCAAAAGCAAGUAUGACAACGAGAAGAGCCUGGUGUCGGACACGAUGCUGAAACUGCGAAACGAGCUGAAAGCACUAAAGGAAGAUGCUGUGACCUUUUCCUCCCUUCGCUCCAUGUUUGCCAGCAGAUGUGAUCAGUAUGUGACCCAGCUCGAUGAGAUGCAGCGACAGUUAGCAGCCGCUGAGGAUGAGAAGAAGACUCUGAACUCCCUGUUGCGGAUGGCCAUCCAGCAGAAGCUGGCCCUCACCCAGAGGCUCGAGGGCCACGACUCCAGCCCCAGGCCGCUCGUCCCGACCAAGGGCAGGCUCCGCACUGCCCGGGCCACACAGCAGCAGCAGAAUGUUUGAGGCAGGGGAAGGAGGAGUGGGGAGCGUAGAAAGCCUGAACCCUGCCACGCACUCGCGCCAUCGGGACCCUGGAGCGAUCGUCCGGACAACGACGACCUGGAGAGCGACGCCCUGGUCUCACCUCACUACCACUCCCACCCAGCCCCCGAGCAGGGGAGCAAGAGGAAGGAGCGAUCGAAUUCGGAGGAGGGGGUUGCUUGCUGGCUCCAGUUGUCGCUGGGGGGUCUCAGAGUCACCCUCCACGGUCUGACACUUCUAACUGUCUCUGCGCCUUCUCUCGUGCGUGCAGCCUCAGAAGCGCCAGACCCGCCCCCACCCAUUCGCUUCUCAACCCAGCUACAUCACCCACGGAACAUCCUUUUGAGGGAACGCCGUCCAGCUCGAUCUCUCUCUCUCUCUCUCUCUCUCACCCCCCUCUUCAUAACAAACUGUGCCCCCCCCCAUCCCGACUUCCUCACUUCAAUCCCAGCCUCUGGUACGCAUCUUAAGAACCCAAUGGCCUUAACCAGAGAUUAAUAAACGAAAAAACCACCUCCAAGGGACUGCCUACCACACGUGGGUCACUGCAAACAGUUUUUUUGUGCCUGGUCACGAUUUCAGAGGCGGUGGGGAGGGGAGGGGAGUGUUGGGGAGGGUUGGGGCGUUCUCUCGCGGCGAGACCCCCCCCCCCCCCCCCCACUCUAAAUCUGUCAGGCAACACCUUUUUUUUGUUAAGCGGUGCCCCGGGGCUGGCGAACAAUUUUAAGCCACGCUCGUCGGAGACAGGAGAGCCGUCCUCCGCACACACGAGGGAUAGGGCCAGGCGUUGCGGUUUUGAGAAUUUGAAUGCGACCGAAAACGCCGUGUGUGUGUGUGUGUGGGGGGGUGGGGGGAGGAAUGGGAACUAGUAGCCCCCUGGCCCUGCUCUCCACGGGGCCAAUGAAAACCAACUUGUGCCAACCACGCCGCCCCUCCGCCCCGCCAACUUGAUUUAUAAACCCGUGUUCCCUUUUCAGGAUUCAGCUGCUGAAUGGUGAGAUAGAAAUCUCCGACAACACGUCUUUUAAUCCCUUUUGCU